AUGGCCAUCGUUAUUCCUCGCUGCCACAGCCUGCUUUCCCUCCACCCAACUCUUCCUACAUCACACCACCCAUCUAUCCCCCUUUAUCGUUCUUUGCACGCACCUGCCUCUCCCUCUCUCAGACUCCAGACGAAGGGCACGUUCCAACCGCACGAAACCAGCCAGACGGAGCAUGAGAUGUGUCAGUAUCUGGAGUGGGAACUCACUGUGGAUCCGGUGACUGUUCAGGGAGUUCGAAGACAUGGUCAAGAAACAACUCCUCCUCCUACCACAAAUCCCUUCCUGCCUCCUCCAGCCACUUUGGCGCCUACGCCUACAUAUUCUUUGCACCCACCCGCCUCUCCCUCUCUCAGACUCCGGACGAAGGGCACAUUCCAACCGCACGAAACCAGCCAGACGGAGCACGAGAUGUGUCAGUAUCUGGAGUGGGAACUCAAUGUGGAUCCAGUGACAUUCAGGGAGUUCGAGGACAUGGUCAAGAAGUAUUUGGUACAUCACUACAUCACACCACCCAUCUAUCUCCCUCUAUCGUUCUUUGCACCCACCCAUCUCUCCCUCUCUCAGACUCCUGGACUGCACGUUCCAACCGCACGAAACCAGCCAGACGGAGCACGAGAUGUGUCAGUAUCUGGAGUGGGAACUCAAUGUGGAUCUGGUGACGUUCAGGGAGUUCGAAGACAUGGUCAAGAAACAACUCCUCCUCCUACCACAAAUCCCUUUCUGCCUCCUCCAGCCACUUUGGCACCUACGCCUACAUAUUCUUUGCACCCACCCGCCAAAGCCUGA